AUGUCUGAUCCCACCAUGAACAGCCCCGACGAUGGUUCGCACAAGCGCAAGAGAACCGGCUCCGAGGAUUUGGGUCCUGACCCACAACGCAUGAACCGUUCUUCCCACGGCAGCAACGGCAGCAUGGACAACCAACACAACUUCGGCCAUGGGGGCCUUGGAAACUACGAUCACGGCCUUCCCAACACCGGCGCCGAACUUAACAUUGAUCAACAGAUUCUUCAACACCCGCUCUGGCAGCUCACACCCCUCAACACAAGUACCCCCCCUCCUCCCGACCCUGGGUUUGAUGCGAGCAACCUCACUCAAGGGCUCUCCUUCGCCGAUGAGAUGAAUCAGCCCCCCAUGGGCGGUGGCCACAACCAUAAUUCGACUGCCGCUGCCGUCUAUGCCGCGCGCGAGGCUCAGAGCAUGAACCAAAAGCCUACUGUUGGCUCUCCUGAAUGGCACCAGAUUCGCAAGAACAACCACAAAGAAGUUGAACGUCGCCGUCGAGAGGCUAUUAAUGAAGGUAUCAACCAGAUUGCUCGUCUCGUGCCCAACUGUGAUAAGAACAAGGGUGCGAUCCUCCAACGUGCCAUCGAAUACAUUCUGCAGCUGCAGGAGGAAAAGAAGAACAUCGACGAGCAGUUUGAGAAGCACAGUCUCACCGCCAACCACGCUAUCGCUGAGAUCAGUGGCUCUAACUCCAAGUUGAAGGGCGAGGUUGCCAGGCGCAACAACAUUGCCUUGAAGUGGCUCUCACGUUGUCGGGAUGCCGGCCUGGAGUUUGACGACUACGAGGAGUCUAAAGAGCUAGAGACACUGGAGAUGGAUUAA